AUGACCCCCACUGUCUCCUCCUCCCCCCACACUGCAUGGGGAAUGACCCCCACUGCCUCCUCCUCCCCACACACUGCAGGGGGAGUGACCCCCACUGCCUCCUCCUCCCCCCACACUGCAGGGGGAAUGUCCCCCACUGCCUCCUCCUCCUCCCCACACACUGCAGGGGGAAUGACCCCCACUGCCUCCUCCUCCCCACACACUGCAGGGGGAAUGACCCCCACUGCCUCCUCCUCCCCACACCACACUGCAGGGGGAGUGACCCCCACUGCCUCCUGCUCCUCCCCACACACUGCAGGGGGAAUGACCCCCACUGCCUCCUCCUCCCCACACACUGCAGGGGGAAUGACCCCCACUGCCUCCUCCUCCCCACACACUGCAGGGGGAAUGACCCCCACUGCCUCCUUCCCCACACACUGCAGGGGGAAUGACCCCCACUGCCUCCUCCUCCCCACACACUGCAGGGGGAAUGACCCCCACUGUCUCCUCCUUCCCACACACACACUGCAGGGGGAGUGA